CACCUCGAUUGAUUCUGAAUUUCCCCAAGAAUACCGUCCCUAUAUCCAUAUUAUAUUGCCGAGCCCGGCCCGCCCAAGAAGCCACCUGCGAUGCACAAAUAAAUAACACGUAGUUAUAUAUGGAGAUUCACCGUUUGUCUUUGGCUUACAUUUACAUGUGUUUCUCGGUGUUUGGUUGGGUCUGAGGACGUAAACGCCUACGCAUCGCCGCGUCUCCGAGGAGCAUUCUCAAUUUCUCGCCGUACGUACAACGCACCGAAUUAUUGUGCUGCGACGACAGUACAGUGUAUGGCGGCGGCUGCGGCGAAACAAAGCUGUUGGUUCUCUGUGCGGCGAGAAGACCACCUGGUGUCGCGGUUGGGGAGCUCUUUGGUCUGGAGGAAAACAGGUGCGGCGGGGUCUCCGUUGAAACUGAGGUGCUGUGGCGGCGGGGUUGGUUGUUCGUCGCCGUCGCCGUCGCCGGAGAAGAGAGGUGUCGACGGCGAUGAUCUGUUCGUGAGGGUGAUGAGAGAGGCGGAGCCGUACUUCGCGGCGCACAGAGGCAGUACAUUUGCCGUUGUUCUCUCUGCCGAGAUCGUCGAUAGUCCACACUUGUCUUCCAUACUCGAGGAUAUUUCUCUCCUUCAUGGCUUGGGAAUCAAAUUCGUUCUUGUGCCAGGGACCCAUGUGCAGAUUGAUAGGCUUCUGUCUGAGCGUGGAAGUGAACCGAAGUAUGUAGGUCGCUAUAGAAUCACAGAUGCUGAUUCCCUCGAGGCAGCAAUGGAUGCUGCUGGCAGAAUUCGGAUACUGUUAGAGGCAAAGUUGUCACCUGGGCCUUCCUUGAGUGGUGUCCGUCGACAUGGAGACAAUAGUCGCUGGUAUGAUGGUGUCAGUGUCACCAGCGGUAAUUUUCUAGCAGCUAAGAGAAGGGGAGUUGUUGAGGGAAUUGAUUAUGGGUCUACUGGUGAAGUGAAGAAGAUUGAUGUCUCUCGGAUACGUGAGAGGCUUGAUCAAGACUGCAUUGUGUUAAUUAGCAAUCUUGGUUAUUCAAGUUCUGGACAAGUAUUAAAUUGCAACACAUAUGAAGUUGCUACAGCCUGUGCCGUGGCCCUUGGUGCAGAGAAACUAAUUUGCAUUAUCGAUGGUCCAAUUUUAGAUGAAUCUGGGCGUCUUAUUCGUUUCUUAACUCUUCAGGAUGCUGACAUGCUGGUUCGUAAAAGAGCUGAACAAAGUGAAACGGCGGCAACUUAUGUGAAAGCUGUCAGUCAUGAAGAACUAUCUUCUUUAGGCUAUAAAGCUUCAAAUGGAUCAGUGCUUUCUCAAAAUGGGAAUGGAUUUAGCCAUAGAUAUAAUGCCACAUUCCAGAAUGGUGUUGGGUUUGACAAUGGGAAUGGACUUUGGUCUGGUGAACAAGGUUUUGCUAUUGGAGGACAAGAGAGGCUAAGUCGACUAUAUGGUUACCUUUCAGAAUUAGCUGCUGCAGCUUUUGUUUGCAGAGGAGGUGUUCAAAGAGUUCAUCUGUUAGAUGGCACCAUUGGUGGCGUUUUAUUGAAGGAGUUGUUCCAAAGAGAUGGAGUUGGUACAAUGGUGGCUAGUGACCUUUAUGAAGGAACACGAAUGGCAAGGGCAACAGAUAUUCCUGGAAUAAAACAAAUAUUGCAACCUUUAGAAGAGUUUGGAACAUUGAUCAGGAGGACUGAGGUAGAGCUUCUUGAGGCCUUGGAUUCAUUCAUUGUUGUGGAAAGAGAGGGUCAAAUUAUAGCUUGUGCUGCUCUCUUUCCAUACUUAAAAGAAAAAUGUGGAGAGGUUGCUUCUAUUGCUGUUUCUCCUGAUUGUCGAGGUCAAGGACAAGGAGACAAAUUACUUGAUUACAUUGAAAAGAAGGCAUCUUCCCAUGGGAUUCAAAAGCUGUUUCUCCUUACAACUCGAACAGCAGACUGGUUUAUAAGGCGUGGCUUUUCAGAAUGUUCCAUUGAUCAGUUACCAGUGGAGAGAAGGAAAAAAAUCAACCUUUCACGUGGAUCAAAAUAUUACAUGAAGAAGCUGCAGCCUGAUAGGAGCGGUAUUCGCUUUGGUAGUGUUAUUGCGUAAGAGCAAAAUAGAGGAUUAUUAUGCCCACAUAAUUGGCUGUACUGUGAGCUAAAGCUUGUAGCAGUGUCUCUGUAACUGAGAAGCUGAAUUAAGAAGACGUAAUGUUCAAGGAGAUAGAACACAAGAUGCCAAAAUGCAGAGGUUGGGCAUGAGAUAAAAAUUCAUGUCUUGCCAAAUAAUAUGUUUGGAUAUGAAACAAUUGUGAUUUUUUGUGUCCUAUUGACUCUAUUACAAAAUAGUAUUGUUCUAUAGUUUCUUUA